AUGCAAUCUUUCAGCAAUAGCGGGAUGGCAUCCAUUCCAGUGUUGUUGCUCCAGCUACAUCUGCUGCUGCUGCUAGGAGCAGCAGCGGUGGCAUCAGCGAAUACUUCGUUACCAGGCUGCGUAGAUAAGUGCGGGGAUAUCACCAUCCCAUACCCCUUCGGCAUUGGCCCGAAGUGCUUCAUGGAAGGUUUCGAGGUCACAUGCAACAACUCGAAGCCUUUCUUAGGUGGCAACGUUGAGCUAAUCGAUGUCGUGCUGCCACAAGGCCUCGCACAUGUCUACUGGUACAUCAGCUGGGUGUGCUACAACAACAGCAACAACAACUUCACAGGCAACACAGCUCGCCUGAUGGACUUGAAGGGCACCCCUUUCAAGUUCUCCGACACUCGCAACAAAUUCACCACCAUUGGCUGCAACACCCUCGCCUACAUACUAAGCUCCAAUGGACAGAGUUAUGCCAGUGGAUGCUUGGCAACAUGCAGCGAUAUAAGCAGCAUCAUUAACGGCUCUUGCAAUGGCAUGGGCUGCUGCCAGACUUCCAUUCCCAAGGGGUUUGUCUACUAUAAUUCUGUCAUUGAUCCCAGGCUCAAUAUCUCCAGCGUCUACCAGGUGUAUCCUUGCAGCUAUUCUUUCUUGGCAGAUGAGACAUGGUACCAGUUCAUGGCCUCUGAUAUCAUAUCGUUUGACUUCUACAAGAGAAAUAAGAAUGGGGUGCCUGUGGCACUGGACUGGGCUGUAGGAGGCACAAGCUGUGAGAAAGCCAAGCUUAACACCACUUCUUACCUUUGUCUUAGCGACCACAGCAAGUGCACUGACUCUCCUAACGGCCCUGGAUAUUAUUGCAGCUGUUCAGUGGGCUAUGAAGGCAAUCCCUAUCUCCCAAAUGGAUGCCAAGAUAUAAACGAGUGUGGGCUUCCGGAGCAGUAUCCAUGCUAUGGAACCUGUCUCAAUUCCCUCGGGAGCUAUACUUGCAACUGUCCAGAAGGCACGCAUGGAAAUGCUCUGAUAGAAGCAGGCUGCAUCAGAGAUAAAUCUGUUUUAGGCACAAUUAUUUUAACAGCUGGAGGUGUUGGAGUAGGCAUUCUUCUUCUUCUUGGAUCUAGUGCUCUGAUUUGGAGUAAAUUGAAGGAAAGAAAUGUGAAAAAAAGAAAGAAAAAGUUCUUUUGCAAAAACCGGGGUUUGUUAUUACAACAGCUUGUCUCUUCUGACGAAAGUCUUGUUGAAAGGAUGAAAAUCUUCAAAUUAGAAGAGCUAGAGAAAGCGACCAACAAUUUUGAUAGCACUCGUGUUGUUGGUAAAGGAGGCCAUGGCACCGUUUAUAAAGGAAUUCUAUCAGACCAACGGGUCGUUGCUAUCAAAAGGUCAAAAAUAGCAAAUCAGACUGAGUUAGAUCAAUUUAUAAAUGAGAUGGUUAUUCUUUCCCAAAUCAAUCAUAGAAAUGUGGUUAAGCUCUUUGGGUGUUGCCUAGAAUCCAAAGUCCCCUUGUUAGUAUAUGAAUUUAUCUCUGGUGGAACUCUUUACAACCAUCUCCAUGAUAGCCAACAUUUGCCUCCUCUAUCAUUGCAAGAUCGUCUAAGGAUUGCUGCUGAAAUUGCAAGUGCACUGUCCUAUCUACACUCUGCGGCUUCAAUAUCAAUUUAUCACAGAGAUGUCAAGUCAUCUAACAUACUACUUGAUGAAAGUUACACUGCAAAAAUAUCAGAUUUUGGUGCUUCAAGGUCUAUUCCUCUUAAUCGAACAUGUGUAACCACAGCUAUUCAAGGAACAUAUGGUUACUUGGAUCCUGAGUACUACCAAACAGGCCAACUAACAGAAAAAAGUGAUGUCUAUAGCUUUGGAGUCAUUCUCCUAGAGUUGUUAACUGGGAAGGAUCCAAUUUCAUACAGUAGACAUAAAGAUGGAACUCUGGCUUUGGAAUUCAUUUGUUCAUUAAGAGAGAAUCAUCUCUCUGACAUUUUAGACCCCCACAUUUUCCAAGAGGGAGGAGAAGAAGAGAUUGAAACAGUUGCUUCUCUUACUGAAUUGUGCUUGAGAUUGAAAGGGGAAGAAAGGCCCACAAUGAGGGAGGUGGAACAAAAACUUGAAACCAUGCGAAGGUUCAGAAGAUCAAAACAUGAUUUUAAUGUUUUACAAAAUGGUGGAAUGACAGCAGGCUUGCUAGGCAAGAUACCAAUUAAAGGCAAUGCUAGUGAUUCGACCAGGCAAUACAGUGUAGAGAAAGAGUUCUUGUUGUCACUAGUAGAAGAACCAAGAUGAUUUCACAAGGGUAGAGAGCCAUAUGAAUGAAUGAUUUGUUGGAUACUAAAUCAAAUUUAGUAGUCAUUUCAGUUGAGCCAACGUACAUGGUAUUUUACAAGGCAUCCUAUCUGGUAUAGUCAAAGAGUCAACAAAUUAAUAGUGUAUGUCCAAUGUCAUGGCAAGAGUCAUUUGAGCUAAGUCAUCUAAUGAAAUGAGGGUUCAGAUUGUAUUCUUCAUGCAAAAGAAUGAUUGAUCUUCUUUCACAAGGUCAACUGUUGGAUCGAGUUAUCCACAGCUUUCAAAGCCCCCCAACCUCUCCCUUUCAUCCGUCAGCACAGAUCAUGAGGCAAAUGUCUUGCUUUAAAAGCUGUGCAAAAUGCAAUCCAAUUGUUCAUGCCGCGAAUGAAGAUCAAUCAUUCUUCCACACAAAAGAUACAACCUACACCCAUGAAAUGAAUAGUUAUGAAUGUCUUUAAAGUUUCCAAGUAGUCAUGUCUCUUAAAGUUUCUGCAUGGUGUUUCCUAGAGUCUAUGCACAAUCUAAUGAUAGUAUUCAUGAUGUAUCUUUAGUGUUCCCAAAGGGUGUCUUUUACAAUACUAUGCAAGUAUUAAAAAUUGU